AUGGAGGAUCCCACCAUUCCAAAUCGAUUGUUUCAAAAGUCUUCUUUCAGCAUCAGUAGCCUGCUGUGGAGGAGAGAUGGCGAUCAAGAGUCUUUAUCUAUUUCCCAGAAGGCGCGUUCAACUCAGCCAGAAGAGAGCGCCCAGGAGGAGACAAAUGAAAGGAGCACUGAGAUCCCAAAGCAGCGCGCGAAAGUGGACCCUAUAGUGGCUGUGAAGCAAGAACGUGUUAAGGUGGGGUCAGAGAAAAGCAGAGGAUCAGAGGAGAGCGUAAAGCCCGAGAAGCCUCCUUUCAGCUACAACGCACUUAUUAUGAUGGCGAUCCGCCAAAGCCCAGGACGGAGACUCACGCUCAACGGCAUCUAUGAGUUCAUCAUGGAAAACUUUCCGUACUACAGAGAUAACCGCCAGGGGUGGCAAAACUCAAUUCGGCACAACCUGAGUCUGAACAAGUGUUUUAUUAAGGUGCCUCGCCACUAUGAUGACCCUGGAAAGGGAAACUACUGGAUGCUGGACCCCUGCAGUGAGGAUGUGUUCAUAGGGAGCACGUCCGGGAAACUACGGCGCAGAACCGACGCUUCUUCCAGGUUCAAACUUGGCGUAAAAAGAGGAGGAGGUCGACUCAUAUCCACCACCGCAGCAACCAGUGUCACCUUGGCCGCCGCUGGUUCGUUUUACUGGCCGGUGCCGCCGUUCUUACCUCUCCAAACACCGGCGCGCGCGCAACUUAGCGCAGGAACUUACGCAGGCGCUCAGCCCCGCUUCUCAAACCAUGCUGCAUCGGUGGUUUCUCAGCGGGCCCGGCUCAGCGCAGGACCAGCAGAAGCAGACCGGUUCGUGCACCAGAAGAUGUCCUACAUUGGACUCAGCUGCGCACCAUCCCGUCGCCAUCAGAUUGGCACCGCCUUCGCUGCGUCCAUCCCUGCAGGCUCUCUGCCACUCUCUGACCCGUGUCCUUUUAACAUGAUCUCAGGACAAGCCAGUUACUUUUACUCCCACCAGAUACCGUGCAACGCCGCAUUUGGCGCGUGUCAGGAUGAGUGCGCCUCAUCCAAAACCCCGCCGGGAGAGUUUUUAUCCAGGAACGGUUACCCAGACCUUAGAGGAUGCUGCAGUGACUUUCCAAAUUAUUGUCCUCAACUGAGUUCCAACCCCAACCGGCUUUGA